AUGAAUACAGCCGCUAAACAACCGAAUGAACAGCCCUCGGAGGAGAGAAAAGACUCAAAAGUUGACACAGAUGAUAUAAAGACAGAAGAAUCCACUCGUCCAGAGGCUAAACUAUAUCCGGACGGAUCCGUGACCAUUCCUCGAAAAAUCGGGACUUAUCAUACCCGUUCCGUCAUUCUUGUUCAUGACGUCUUUGAUGAUGCCGCUGGCUGGGCUAAAGAAUUCAUGGAAGCAAGACUGAAUGGUGAAACCAUUAUGUCCAUCUUUCCUGGAACAAAUUGGUGCUUUCCUGAAAUUUAUUAUCCCUGGUUGGUCCAGGAUAUAGAGAGCGAAAAGAGCGAUGCGACUGAUGACAUGGUCGAUUUAUGGAGUGCAUAUUCAGACACCGUUCAAAUGGAAAAGCGAUUGGAGAUACUCGAAACGCUAGGGCAGAUGCUGGAACCCAUCCGACAACUUGUCGACAGAGAAUCGAAUCUUGUAGGUAUACGGAAUGUCUUCAUAGGCGGUUUAGCAGACGGCGCUACUGCAGCACUGCAUUUGUUUCUAGCUAGUCAAGGGAACCAAGGUGGUGGGAUGGGAGGGUUCAUAGGAAUGAAUGCCGUGCUUCCAUUUCACUCGGAGUUCAAGCCGCUGAUAGAUACGGCACCAAACUUGGAGGAUUUGUCCCUGGAAGAAUAUAUAGACAAACAGAUACAAAACCUUAAGGCAGUGGGAAACCCAAUAUUCCUUGGUAGUAUCAUGUCAGACCCAGCCAAUUUAGAACUCAGGCAAAAGAGGGAGGAUAUGAUAGAGAUCCUUCGCCGCUUGAGAUGUUUUCACCCUAUAUACUUUACAAACGACUACAAGGAACCAGAUCUCGAUGGGCAAGUUGAGGGCUUGGUUGAAUACCUCCGAAUGACUGGCUCUAUCAGAGUUCCUGGAUGA